GUCUCGCAGUAAUGGUUGGUUGCUGUGGUAACGUCAAAAGAAGUGCACUGAUAGCUAGCUUGCUUGCUACAACAAAAAUACAAACAAUCAAUUCACAGUCAAGUCAUAUUGAGCGGUUUGACACCUAUACAAAACACGAGGAUUUUGUGGAGAGGAGAGAAACCAGUGUGAAGAGAUGGCGAGCCAGAGGCCACCGUCAGGUAGACCGAUGAGUCGGGGGUCUCUUGUACCAGGGACUGGGAGACCUCCGACCGCCAUCAGACCUCCACCCACAGCCGUUAGGGUCGGAACUGGGAUUGUUCCGGGUACUGGGCGUCCUGGAACCAGAGGAGGAGCCCUAGGGACCCCUGGUGUUCUCUCUGCUCAAAUUAAAGUGGCCGACCGGCCAGUCACCCAGCAGGGCCUGAGCGGCAUGAAGACUGGCAUGAAGGGACCUCAGAGGCAGAUUCUGGAUAAAUCCUACUACCUUGGCCUUCUCAGGAGUAAGAUCAACGAACUGACAACGGAGACCAGCAAACUGCAGAAGGAGAUUGACACCUUCAAUCAGGAGAACUCUGUUUACCUCUCCUAUGAGAAAAGAGCAGAAGGACUUGCUGGUGAACUGAAAGAUCUACAGGGACAACUGGCAGAUUACAACAUGCUCGUUGACAAGUUGAACACCAACACUGAGAUGGAGGAAGUGAUAAAUGACUUCAAUAUGUUGAAAGCACAGAACGACCGAGAGGCUCAAAGUAUGGAUGUCAUAUUCACAGAAAGACGAGAGAAGGAGGAGAUGAUCCGUGCGGUGGAGGAGGAGAUGGAGAGGGAGAAGCAGGCCGCUGAUGACAUCAUCAAAAAGAUGUCUCCAGAGAAACAGGACCAGUACGCUGCCAUGAAGGCCAGCAACGACGAGCUGCUACAGGAGCUGGAUGGUCGUCAGGAAGAGCUGGACACCCUCAUAACACGGAAGGAGACGUUUGAAGCAGUCAAAGAAGACAACCAGGAAACAGCAAGCAUGGAAAGACAGUUGACUGAGAUGCGUGAGAAGAUGAGCCUGAUCAACGAGGAGAUCCGACAGCUUGACAAUAACAUGGAGGAACACCAAGGUGAACGAAACCAGAAGUACAAAGAGCUAAAGAAGAGAGAUGAGACUAUGGACAGCUUUCUGGAUUCAUUUGAUGAGACUAAAGCUGCAGAGGUGGAGAAAAACCGUCAGACACAGGCCAUCAUCGUAGCUCUACUGGAACACUCCAGCAGAAACAUGAACCGGAUGCGCCAGAUCUCGUCGGUGACGGCCAGUGAGCUCAAGUCCAUGCAGGAAGACCUGAGCUUCAAGGAGACGGAGAUGCACAAGUCCCAGAACACAGCCAAGGGUCUGUCUUCAGAAAACCACCGUCUGACCCUUGACCUGCAGAAGGUAGAGCAGCUGGAGAGUAAGAUCAACACAGAGCUGACCAGCCUGAAGGACAGGAUAGAGACCAUGACUCAGGAGCUGGAGACAUACAGCAACCUGGACAAUCUAAAGGCUGCUGGAGAGGACAAGAAGAAGAGGCUGCAGGAGGACAGAGUAUCCCUGGCCCAGAGGAGACACGGCUUUCACAAGGUCAUGCAGAAGAUGAAUGAGGUGUAUGAAGCUCUGAAAACACAGCUACAGGACAAUGAGACACAUGCUCAGCUGACCAAUCUGGAGAGGAAGUGGCAACAUCACGAGCAGAACAACUUUGUCAUGAAAGAGUUCAUCGCCUCUAAGGGUAUGGAGAGCGACUACCGUCCGGUGGUGAAGACUGUCUCCAGGCAGCUGGCAGAGUACAACAAGAUCCUCAUAGACACCCUGCAGGGAACCAAGAUCUAGGAAGUGACUGAGGGACAAGGACAGCUACAGCUUCCUCUCUCUGGAGGCAGUCUCCAUGUCCCACUUCCUGCAUCAACCCCUCUGUCAUACACUACCGUUUAUAAGUUUGGGGUCACUUAGAAAUGUCCUUAUUUUUUCAAGAAAAGCCUUCUUUUUAUU